ACGAACCAACGAAAACCCUUAGCAAAUCGCGGAAGUGAGGUAACGGCUAUUGCUAGUACCCGCAAUUCCCUUAUAAAUGUGAUUAUGAAAUUACAACAUAUGAUUGAUUUAUCAAAUGAAUGUUUUGACAUGUUUUAUGAAUUGCGGGAAAUGAAAUAUGAUUUUAUUGAAUAAUUUAUUAUAAUAUGAUUUGAUGGAAUUAUUCCUUAUUUUAUGAUUGAUUAUAAAAUGCUAUGAUGAUUGAUUGAAUUUCUUAUAAAAUGCUGGUUAUAAGAAACCAGGAAAGAAAGGAUGUUUGAUCUUAUGAUCCAAAGGAAUUAUGUUACUUCAACUGAAGUAAAAAGACUAAAAUGUAAAAUUAAACGAAACAUGAUAAAUGAAAGUGAAAUUCCUAGUCCGUUUGGCAGUAUAUGUUCACAGGUUACGAUUCUCGGUCAUGCAUGUACCCAUGGGGCAUUCGCCCAUUGAGCCAAGGCUCUCAUGUUUUCGGGCCAAGGCCCCAUGUUUAUGGACAGCGGUCCAUCGUGGAAGACGUUCCACCAUGUCAUACUUGCCACGACUAGCAUGUGCACCCUAAAGUUAUGAAUGAAUUAAAUAAAGGACUUUAUAAAAUGUUUUACAUUAUUCUAUUCUCCCUGUGUUAUUAAAUAAAACGAAUUGAAAUGAAUUUACGUUGCUAGAAUAGUUCGUUACUGAGUCUUCGGCUCACCGUUAUUUUGUUUUCUGUUUUAGGUACCGCUGGGAUCGAUGGGAACGAGUAGUGGCGAGGAUUUCACUUUAAUAAUUCCCACCUAGUUUAUGCCUUAAGUUUUAAUAGUUUAAUUACAGACUUUUAGUAAUUUAUGUACCUUUAUUUUGGUAAUAUAAAAGAUUAUUAUAUUGAUUUUUGGGAUUUAAUAUCUUAUGAUUGAAGGUUGCCUUGUAAUUCCCAAGAGGGAGUUACGGCAGGUAAUGCCCCGACCAAUUAGGUUAAUUCCGCUGCUAAUUAUGCUUUAAUAAUGUAAUUAGAGGUCGGGGUGUUACAGUUUGGUAUCAAGAGCAAAGGUUCUGGACCAUAAGUGCUAAACCUUACGGGUUUUCGCACGAAUAGAAUUCAUUAGGCUUUAAGUAAAGAAUUUUAAGGAAUGAGUUAAAAAGAAUGUUCUAAAAUCUUGCUGAGUUAAAAUGAAUAUGAGUGUGAGUGUAGGAACGGGAUCAAAGGGUUUAUUUUAUAUUAUUAUUUCGCUUCAACCUGAUAAGAUAUGUUAUGCAGAAUGUCGACCAUCGAUGCUAUCAACGAUGUUACCAACGGAGCUCGCAACGAGCAUCAUGUUCACGAUGAUAACGACAUCACUCAUGAAGAGUAUGUCCAUGUUAAUGGCCACGAGGAAAGGAUGGAACGAUUGGAAAAUGUGAGUUCAAUGUUGGCCGAAUUAGUCCAUGAUUCUCGGAAAAAGAAAGAUGUUAGUGGAAACGGGAGCGCAACGAUGUUCAAGAACUUUUCGUCACUCAACCCACCAUCCUAUGAUGGCAAGCCUGAUCCAGUUGAGUUCGAGGAUUGGAUAAAUCGCAUUGAUCAGUUGUUUGAAACCCUGCAGUGCCCUGAGAAAUGGAGAGUUGAUUUCGCAGUGUUCUACUUGUCAGGCCAAGCAGGAUUAUGGUGGAAAGUUAUCAAGGAACGAAAGAAUGGGCCUGGAUUUGGUUGGAACGAACUACAGAAGUUAAUGAGAGACAAGUUUUAUCCACCAUCCUUGAGGAAACAAAAAGAAGAUGAAUUUCUACACUUGCAACAAGGAACGAUGAGCGUGUUGGAAUACGCAAAUAAGUUUAUGGAGUUGUCAAGGUUUGCACCAGACUUGGUGUCGACAGAGCAGUCCAGGAUGAACCGUUUUGAACGAGGUCUGCACCUUAAGUACCAGGAUAGGUUGUCCACUCAGAGGUUUACUUCAUACCAGGAUAUGGUUGAUAUUGCGGCUAAUGUGGAGCGAGUGGUACUACUUCGAGAAGCGAAGAAUGUUGGGUAUAAAAGGAGAAAUGAUAACCAAAGUCAAGGAGGAGCAAAGAAGCCCAACCAAAGUUACCAGGGAAAUCAAAGGAGGAAUGAUGGUAAUCAAGGAAAUAAUAGGGGACAAGGAUUUCAAGGAAGGAACAAUCGGUCGCAAGGAUGUGCCAAAUGUGGAAAAAGGAGUCAUGUGGAGAGUGAAUGUCGUGUUGGCACGAAUGCUUGCUAUCGAUGUGGAAGCCAUGAUCAUUACGUCAGAGAUUGCCCAAAUCAAGUGACGCCAACCAUGAGAGGACCAGUUUCAACUAACAACGAUCGUGGUCGGAACAACAAUGUAGGAGGUCCAAACCGCAACCCACCUCGACCACCGCCAACUGGAAGAGUUUUUGUGAUGAGACAAGAUGAAGCAGAUGAGGAUGAUAAUGUUAUCACCGGUACCGCUGGGAUCGAUGGGAACGAGUAGUGGCGAGGAUUUCACUUUAAUAAUUCCCACCUAGUUUAUGCCUUAAGUUUUAAUAGUUUAAUUACAGACUUUUAGUAAUUUAUGUACCUUUAUUUUGGUAAUAUAAAAGAUUAUUAUAUUGA